AUGCCUAAUAAUGUUAAUGUUAAGGUAAUAAAAAAUUUAUUGACUGUGUUUGGUAAUUUCAGAAAUUUAAGGGCUAAAAAUGAUAAAUUGUUGAAUAUUCAUAAGAUUCCUAAUUACUUUCAAAACUACACUAAAUUAACUUUAUAUUUCGGAGAUUGGAGGAGAAUUGAGUCAGACUGUUUGUACUUGAGAGAUAAACGUGAUUUUGAUAAUUUAACUGUUUUAUCAAAGAUUUCAAACCGAAACUCUGUUAACCAUAACUUAAAUCUUGCUGAUGAAGGGUUAGUUGAGUGUUCUGGAAUUCUUGAAAAUUGUAAAUUCGUCUAUUUCCCUAAUCAUAACAACGUAAAAGAAACUGAAAGUUUGAGUCUAUUGGUACCUCUAGACAUAUUUCACUCAGAAAUGUACAACUCAACUGAUGUAAAUUAUAUUAAAGACAGUAAGGAAUUUGUUACACAUUUGAACAGUUUGGGGUUUAAUAAGAUAUUACUGUGCUCUGGUAAUAAUAAUGUAUAUAAUUUUUAUCAUAAUUUAUUAAAAUAUUAUUUGCUAUGCGGUUAUUUAUUUUUAAAAUUUAUGUAA